AAAUGAAAAUACCAAGAAAAUAUGUUACUUUGUGGACUUGACAUUCAUACAUUUGAUCCUAUAUUGGAGAAGGCAGUGCUUUAUGCUGUGGGGAACACUCUAGUAUGUGACGAUCUUGAAGAAGCCAAGAUUCUUAGCUGGAGUGGAGAGAGAUUUAAAGUUGUAACUGUUGAUGGAAUACUACUUACAAAAUCUGGAACAAUGACGGGUGGUACAAGUGGUGGAAUGGAAGCAAGGUCAAAUAAGUGGGAUGAUAAAAAAAUUGAAGGACUUAAAAAAAAGAAAGAGCAGCUUGAAUCAGAGUUGGAAGAGCUUGGGUCAAUCAGGGAGAUGCAACUAAAAGAGUCUGAAACAUCGGGGAGAAUUAGUGGACUUGAAAAGAAGAUCCAGUAUGGUGAAAUUGAGAAGAGAAGUAUCGAGGACAAACUUUCACUCUUGAAAAAGGAGAAGCGGAAUAUCAAGGAUGAAAUUGGACGUAUAAGUCCUGAACUUCGAAAGUUAAAGGAAGCCAUUGAUAAGAGGAGCAAAGAGAUUAGGGAGCUUGAAAAAAGUAUCAAUGAGAUUGUUGACCAAAUCUUUGAAGAUUUUAGUCAGUCUGUGGGCGUAGCAAACAUCCGUGAGUACGAAGAAAACCAGCUUAAGGCAGCACAGAACAUUGCAGAAGAGAGGCUUAGCUUGAGUAGUCAGCUUGCAAAGUUGAAAUACCAACUAGAGUAUGAACGCAAACGGGAUGUUGAGUCACGGAUUACAAAGCUGGAAACUUCUAUUAGUUCUUUGGAGAAUGAAUUAAAACAGGUUCAGAAAAAAGAGACCGACUUCAAAUCAGCAACAGAGAAAGCUUCUGAUGAAAUUGACCAGUUGAAGAAAGAGGUUGCAGAGUGGAAAUCAAAGUCGGAAGAGUGUGAGAAGGAAAUCCAGGAAUUGAGGAAGCAGAAUUCUGCAGCCACAACUAGAUUAUCCAAACUUAAUCGCCAGAUAAAUUCAAAGGAGGCCCAGAUUGAGCAGUUGAUAUCAGAAAAGCGGGAAAUAGUUGAGAAGUGUGAACUAGAACAUAUUGAACUUCCUAUCAUCUCAGACCCAAUGGAAACUGAUUCUCCAACAAUGGGCCCAGUUUUUGAUUUUAGUCAGUUAAAUCGAUCUCAUCAGGGUAGGAGAACAUCCGACCGAGACAAGCUUGAGGCAGAAUUUAAACAAAAAAUUGACACUCUUGUAUCAGAAAUUGAAAGAACAGCACCAAAUUUGAAGGCACUUGACCAGUAUGCAGCUUUGCAACAGAAAGAAAGAGAUGUAACUGAAGAGUUUGAAGGUGCCAGAAAGGAGGAGAAGAAAGUGGCUGAUGCUUACAACUCAGUUAAACAGAGGAGAUAUGAGUUGUUUAUGGAAGCUUUCAGCCAUAUUUCUGGUAACAUUGAUAAGAUUUACAAGCAACUCACCAAGAGUAAUACUCACCCAUUAGGUGGGACGGCAUAUUUGAACCUAGAAAAUGAAGAUGAUCCUUUCCUACAUGGCAUCAAGUACACAGCUAUGCCACCAACAAAGCGGUUCCGGGAUAUGGAGCAGCUCUCUGGUGGCGAAAAAACUGUUGCAGCACUUGCACUACUCUUCUCCAUCCACAGCUACCGGCCUUCACCAUUUUUCAUAUUGGAUGAAGUUGAUGCUGCAUUGGAUAAUCUUAAUGUGGCCAAGGUGGCUGGGUUUAUUCGUUCUAAAUCAUGUGAAGGGACAAGAAGUAAUCAAGAUGGGGAUGAAGGAACUGGUUUCCAGAGUAUCGUGAUAUCUCUGAAGGAUAGCUUCUAUGACAAGGCUGAAGCACUGGUUGGGGUUUAUAGGGACUCAGAGAGGGGCUGCUCGAGGACCCUAACAUUUGACUUGACCAAAUACCGGGAGUCAUGAAAUACAUGCUGCAGCCUGCUAAAUAUUCAUUAUGUAGGAUGACUUUGGUUCCUGACAACCAAGAAAUCACUUGUAUAUAUGAUACGCUUCUACUUUGUAGUUAGGGCUCGGCUCUGAUCUUAAGUAGGCAUGUACUGGAAAAUCGAAGUAUGAGAUUCUAACGUGGAGUUUAUAAUUAUAUGGUCAUAUGGUUUGGACUCUUACACCAUUAUUUUUAUCUUCUAAUAACAUUUCUAUUUGACA